AUGAAGAAAUGUUUUAUCUGCACCCAACUUAUUUCCUUUGUAUUAAUAUUAUAUUAUUACUACAAAUCAGAGAAAGAUAAACCUGGAAGAAAAAUAUUACAUGCUAAUAAUGAUACAAGUAACACAAUAACUGCUCCGGGUGAUAACCAACAACCAGAGGAGGAGAAACCUGGAAGUAGAAUACUAUAUGUUCCAAACAUUGCAAACAGCACAAUAACUGCUUUGAGUGAUAACCAGACCUUUAUCCUGGCUCCGUACUAUGACCUCCGAGGACCCACACCCAUUAUCCGGGUGCUUGCUAUUAUACAUCAUUCAGUGAGAGAGCUUUAUUGUUGGUUCCACUGUAUCCAUAGCUCCUCCGUGACAGUCAGAGCAGAGGUAGACCUCCAUGCAGAAAGGUAUGGAUAUCCAUAUGGAACGGCUGACCUGUUAUGUACUGAGCCUCCAAACUGUUCCUAUCAUUACAUAUCUGUCCAUUGGUCCAAUGCCACAAACAUAACUCAGCUGCUGUUGUUUGAAGUCCGAAACCGUCCUCCUCAUACUCUGUCUGUCAAUUUCACCGUCUGCAUUUCCACCAUGUACGGAGAUUAUAAUAAUGUUCUACAGACUAUCCAGAGCAUUGAAAUGUAUAAACUGCUUGGAGCUGGAAGAGUUACAAUCUAUGUCAACAAGUGUCAUGAGAAUGUGGACAAAGUCUUACAAUAUUACAUUGAAGAAGGAAUUCUAGAGGUCGUUCCUUGGCCAAUAGACAAAUUCUUACGUACAUCUAAAUUAUGGCGAUUUUACUUAAAUAAAAAUAGUCAGGUUCACUACUAUGGACAAACAGCCACUUUAAAUGACUGUCUAAACAGGAAUAUGUAUAAAAGUAAGUUUGUCUUCUUUAAUGGCAUUGAUGAAAUCAUUCUUCCGAGAAAGCACUACAAUUGGGGGUCGUUAAUGCAGAGUCUUCAACAGCAAUAUCCACAGACCAGCGUCUUAAUUUUCGAAAAUCAUGUUUUCAAAACAUCUGCUAAUAGGUCUGAAUUGAACAUUUGGGAGGACAUUCCUGGGGUUAAUAUCCUACUUCACAACUAUAGGGACCCAAACAAUAAAUAUAUCAAUUCCUAUAAAUUUGUAGUAGACCCCAGACAGGUCUAUCAGAUAAGAGUCCAUCGAAUUUUAAAGAGUAAAGGCAAACAUGAACAUGUCUCAAAAGACACAGUCAUUAUUUUUCACACUAAAGGAUUACAAGAAAAAUAUGGAGAUAAAUCACUCAUUGAAGAUAGAACACUGUGGAGAUUCAAUUUGUCCUUGACACAAAAUGUUAAAGUUAUUCAGCGUGUUUUCUUGCAUCGCUAA